AUGAUCAUUUAUUAUCUCAAACUUUUUUCUUUGACUUUCACAGGGCCCCCAGCCAGCCUCUUCCAGCCGCCCCGCCGCCCCGGCCUGGGAACUGUUGGGAAACCCAUCCGUCUCUUAGCCAAUCAUUUUCAGGUGCAGAUCCCUAAAAUUGAUGUUUAUCACUAUGAUGUAGAUAUCAAACCAGAAAAGCGGCCCCGACGAGUGAACAGGGAGGUGGUAGAUACUAUGGUGAGACACUUCAAGAUGCAGAUAUUUGGUGAUCGGCAGCCAGGAUAUGAUGGCAAAAGGAACAUGUACACUGCACACCCAUUGCCUAUUGGGAGAGAUAGGGUGGAUAUGGAGGUGACGCUCCCAGGUGAGGGAAAGGACCAGACGUUUAAAGUGUCUAUUCAGUGGGUGUCAGUGGUCAGCCUUCAGCUGCUUCUGGAAGCUCUGGCAGGGCAUUUGAAUGAAGUUCCUGAAGACUCUGUACAGGCACUUGAUGUAAUCACACGGCACCUUCCCUCCAUGAGGUACACCCCUGUGGGCCGUUCCUUCUUCUCUCCUCCUGAAGGUUACUACCACCCUCUGGGAGGAGGCAGGGAGGUUUGGUUUGGAUUCCAUCAGUCGGUCAGGCCUGCCAUGUGGAACAUGAUGCUCAAUAUUGAUGUAUCGGCAACUGCUUUCUAUCGUGCCCAGCCUAUCAUUGAGUUCAUGUGUGAGGUCCUGGACAUUCAGAACAUCAAUGAACAGACCAAGCCUCUUACAGACUCCCAGCGUGUUAAGUUUACCAAAGAAAUCCGAGGUCUAAAAGUAGAGGUUACCCACUGUGGCCAGAUGAAGAGAAAAUAUAGAGUUUGCAAUGUUACCAGGCGACCAGCGAGCCAUCAGACGUUCCCUCUGCAGCUGGAAAAUGGACAGGCUAUGGAGUGUACAGUAGCUCAGUAUUUUAAGCAAAAGUACAGUCUGCAGCUGAAGUAUCCUCACCUUCCGUGUCUCCAAGUGGGACAGGAACAGAAACACACUUAUUUACCACUUGAGGUAUGUAACAUUGUGGCAGGCCAACGAUGUAUCAAGAAGCUAACAGACAAUCAGACAUCAACUAUGAUAAAGGCAACUGCAAGGUCGGCACCAGACAGACAGGAAGAAAUCAGCAGACUUGUGAAGAGCAACAGUAUGGUAGGUGGACCGGAUCCGUAUCUGAAGGAGUUUGGCAUUGUGGUCCAUAACGAAAUGACAGAGUUAACAGGCAGAGUAUUGCCAGCGCCGAUGCUGCAGUAUGGAGGCCGGAACAAGACUGUAGCUACACCAAACCAGGGUGUUUGGGACAUGAGAGGGAAACAGUUCUACGCUGGCAUUGAGAUUAAAGUUUGGGCUGUUGCCUGCUUUGCACCUCAAAAACAGUGCAGAGAAGACUUGCUCAAGAGUUUCACAGACCAGCUGCGCAAGAUCUCCAAGGAUGCGGGGAUGCCAAUCCAAGGCCAGCCAUGUUUCUGUAAAUACGCACAAGGCGCAGACAGCGUGGAGCCGAUGUUCAAACACUUGAAGUUGACCUAUGUUGGUCUGCAGCUCAUAGUAGUGAUCCUGCCUGGAAAGACACCUGUGUAUGCUGAGGUUAAGCGUGUUGGUGACACUCUCUUAGGAAUGGCCACGCAGUGUGUUCAGGUGAAGAAUGUGGUAAAAACCUCACCCCAAACUCUGUCCAAUCUUUGUCUGAAGAUAAAUGCAAAGCUUGGAGGGAUCAACAAUGUGCUUGUACCUCAUCAAAGGCCCUCUGUGUUCCAGCAACCAGUCAUCUUCCUGGGAGCAGAUGUCACUCACCCUCCAGCUGGGGAUGGAAAGAAGCCGUCCAUUGCUGCUGUGGUAGGCAGUAUGGACGGCCACCCUAGUCGCUACUGUGCUACAGUGCGUGUGCAGACCUCCCGUCAGGAGACUUCCCAGGAGUUGCUGUACAGUCAGGAAGUGAUCCAGGACCUGACUAACAUGGUACGAGAGCUGCUGAUCCAGUUCUACAAAUCUACUCGCUUCAAGCCCACACGGAUCAUUUACUACAGAGGAGGAGUUUCAGAGGGACAGAUGAAACAGGUAGCUUGGCCAGAAUUGAUUGCCAUCCGGAAGGCCUGUAUCAGUUUGGAAGAAGAUUAUAGACCAGGAAUAACCUACAUUGUUGUGCAGAAAAGGCAUCACACUAGACUCUUCUGUGCUGACAAAACUGAAAGGGUGGGUAAAAGUGGUAAUGUACCAGCAGGGACUACUGUGGACAGCACCAUCACACAUCCCUCUGAAUUUGACUUUUACCUCUGUAGCCAUGCAGGAAUUCAGGGUACCAGCCGCCCAUCUCACUAUCAGGUCUUGUGGGAUGACAACUGUUUCACCGCAGAUGAAUUGCAGCUGCUAACCUACCAGCUGUGUCACACGUAUGUCCGCUGUACAAGAUCCGUCUCCAUUCCAGCUCCUGCAUACUAUGCCAGGCUGGUAGCAUUUAGAGCAAGAUAUCAUCUUGUAGACAAGGAUCAUGAUAGUGCUGAAGGCAGCCACGUUUCAGGACAGAGCAAUGGCCGGGAUCCCCAGGCUCUGGCAAAGGCAGUGCAAAUCCACCAUGAUACCCAGCAUACAAUGUAUUUUGCCUGA